AUGUUAAGACUCAAAUCUAGGCAAUUGUGGUUGAAGGAGGGAGAUAAGAACUCUAGGUUCUUUCAUAAUUCUAUUAAAGAUAGACAAAGAAAGGGAGCUAUUUCGGUGUUGGAGGGAGCCGAGGGUAGGGUGGAGGGAUUUGAGGAGGUCAAAAAGGAGGUAAGGGAUCACUUUGAAGGUUUUUUCAAGGAAGAAAAUCAUGAUAGAGCUGUUCCGAAGGGGCUGGACUUUCGCUCUUUGACCAAAGAAGAUAGAGAGUGGUUGGAAAGGCCCUUCUCGGAGGAGGAAAUUAAGACGGCGGUGUGGGAUUGCGAUGGAAAUAAAAGCCCGGGCCCGGAUGGUUUUACUUUGGAAUUCUUUCAACAAUGUUGGGAAACGUUAAAGGCGGAUGUGGUGAGAUAUGUGACGGAUUUCUUUGACAAAGCUAAGCUUACGAAAGGUUGUAUAUCGUCCUUCAUUACGCUUAUUCCUAAAGUCAAGCACCCUAUUAAAUUGACCGAGUAUAGGCCGAUUUGUCUUGUGGGUAGCCUUUAUAAGAUAAUUUCUAAGCUUUUGGCGGGAAGGAUGAAGAGUGUGCUUGGGAAGUUGGUUUCGAAAAAUCAAACGGCUUUUGUUCCGGGGAGAAACAUUGCGGGCGGUGUGUUGGUGGUGAAUGAGGUGUUGGAUUUAGCCAAAAGAAAGAAGCGGAGGUGUUUAGUUAUAAAGGUGGACUUUGAAAAAGCUUACGAUCGGGUAAGUUGGAGUUUUUUGAGGUUUGUUCUCAUCAAAAUGGGGUUCGGAGCAAGAUGGUUAAGGUGGAUGGAAGGAUGUGUGUUCACUAGUAGUUUGUCCGUUAUCAUUAACGGGAGUGUCACAAAGGAUUUUAAGGUGGAAAAAGGCCUUCGUCAAGGAGAUCUGUUGUCCCCGUUUUUGUUUGUUCUAGCCACGGAAGUGCUAACGGGCCUAAUGGAGAAAGCUAUCUCGUUAGGAGAAUUUAGAGGCUUUAUGAUUAAAGACCAAGAAGCGAUAAGUAUGCUCCAAUUCGCGGAUGAUACAAUUAUUUUGGCGGAAGGUGAUCUUGCGAAUAUUUGGAGUAUCAAAUCAAUUCUUAGAGGUUUUGAGAUUAUGUCGGGGUUGAGGGUUAACUUCAAUAAGAGCAAUAUUUUUGGUGUUAAUGUGGGAGAUUGGUUCAUCGAAGCGACUUCGACCUUCCUUGUGUGUAAAGUUGAUAAGUUGUCGUUUAAGUUUUUAGCACCUACGAAGGUUCUCAACGAAAUUCGGUCUAUCCAAAGUUCCUUCCUUUGGAAUGGUAGUGAAGACAAAAGGACCAUCCAUUGGGUUCGAUGGGAUACGGUUUGUAAAGAAAGAGAUGAAGGAGGAUUAGGCGUAAAAAACGUUGAGGUGGUGAAUUUAGCGUUGUUGAGCAAAUGGAAGUGGAGGAUAUUGACGGAUGAGGAGGCGGUUUGGCGCGGAAUUCUUAUCUCUAGAUAUGGAGAUGUGAAGAGAAAGGUGUUAGUUGGGGAUGUUUCCGUUACUGAGAAGGCCGGUUCAAUUUGGUGGAGGGACUUGCUCUUAUCUGACAAUUAUUUAUCUUUUUUAACUCACAACUUUGCAGGUGCUAUUUUCUGUAAAAUUGGGAGCGGGACUGACACUCCCUUCUGGCACGGCUGCUGGGCAGCCCAGCAAUCAUUGGUAGCAGCUUUUCCAGAAUUAUUUGUGGUGGCUGGCAGCGACAUUUUGUCAGUGGCAGAGGCUGGAGUAUUCAACAGCCAUGGCUGGACAUGGAAUGACAGUGUCAUCUUCGACACUCAGGCAUCGGUGGAUAAUGAUUUGCGGAUAGAAUUGCAGCAGCUUAUCCAGAAUUUUGCUCCUUGCGAUAAUGCUGCAGACGUGUUCCAUUGGACCCCUUCAACGGAUGGAGAGUUCUCGGUUAAGUCAUGCUACAAGAGAUUCUUUGAAAAGCUGUCCGGACCACCUCUAGAUCCUAACAUAGUCAAAGCGGCUGCUCUCUUAUGGAAGGAAGAGAACUUAUCUCACCUUUUAGGUGGUUGCGAGGUCGUGAAGGGUGUGUGGGCGAAGGUUUUCAAGUGGAUUGGUACUAUCGAUGACUUAUCCUACAAGGAUUUUGUUAGGUAUCCUUUUGCCAUGCACAAAGUGAAAGGUUCGGUUGUUAGGGACACGGUAGCGCUUUUUAAAGGGAACUUUGCUACUUUUGGGGGGUUAGGAAUUCUAGGCAGAGAAAGUGACGACAAAGAGCUUCUAUUAGCGAUUUUGGAAAGCAUUAGAGCCACUGUAAAGCUUAUUUUGUAUUGA